UUUGAAAUAUCAACCUAACAUUUAAUUCAUUAUGAUGCGAGUCCCUUUAAAUCACUGGGGGUCAAGAUCUGUGUCAUGUGGGGGUGUGACCUGGCAAGGUCAUGACAAGACAAGUUAAUUCUAUUUAUUUGUUGGUUACAUAGCGCUUACUAUUUAAUAUGUAUCUGAACUUCAACAUAAUAGCAUCACAAAUAUAAAAUAUUAAUAUCAUUAAGUUUAUGGAACAAUGUGAUUAGGUCAUAUAUUUGAAAUAUUUAAUAAUUCAAUGUGUGGCGUGUCAUGACGCCAUAUUUGUUUGGAAAGUUACACUUUAAAUUUGGCCCGAAAACUGCUGAAAAUCAAUGUCUUCUAAGGAGUUUAUGAAGAUAGAUUAUCGACAGAUAUUGAGUAUGCCAGAGAUUCUAUCCGAAACGAAACUAAAGAGGCUCACAGAGCAUAAAUACAGCGCAGAGGGCACGUCUGUAUUGGAUCCAUUUAUGCAACAUUUUUGGAGAUGGCUGGUCGAACAAAUUCCACUUCAUUGGGCUCCAAAUGCUUUGACAUUAGUAGGACUUAUCAUCAACAUUACUACAUGUUUGAUUGUUAUGUGGUAUUCUCCAGAUGGAAGGCAAGCAGCUCCAAGAUGGGUAUAUUUGAGCUUUGCUUUGGGACUGUUUAUAUAUCAAUCCCUUGAUGCUAUUGAUGGAAAACAAGCAAGGCGCACCAAGACUGCUACUCCUCUUGGGGAACUGUUUGAUCAUGGAUGUGAUUCUGUUUCCACAGCAUUCGUUGUGAUUGCAUCAAUGUGUGUACUCCAGAUGGGUCAAAGGCCAGGGUGGAUGUUCUUUGAGUGUUUCUCUGGUAUGGUCCUGUUCUAUAUUGCUCACUGGCAGGCCUACGUCUCAGGAACCCUCAGAUUUGGCAUGAUUGAUGUCACUGAGGCUCAGUUAUUAAUUGUUCUAGCCAACUUAAUAACUGCAGUAUUUGGCCCUGGUUUUUGGAGCAAUACAGUCCCUAUCAUAGGAUUGGAGUUUAAAAUGUUGCCAGCAUAUUUCAGCAUAUUCGGAGCCAUUUUGACUUGUAAAAUGAAUUUUAGUGUAAUCUUCCUGCAAGGGGGCAAAGGAAAAAAUGGCUCAACAAUCGCUGAUACAAGUGUGUUGUUUCCUAUCAUCCCCAUAGCUGUAGUAGUGAUGCUGGCAUUCACCAUAUAUCAAAAAUCCCCUUCUCAUUUAUUUGAGAAUCAUCCAUGUCUUUAUACACUAGCAUUUGGCAUGAUAUGUGCCAAAGUCACCAAUAGGCUGGUGGUAGCUCAUAUGACAAAAAGCGAGAUGGCAUUAUGGGACCCUUGUUUUAUUGGGCCUGGGAUGUUAUUCUUGAACCAAUAUUUCAACACAGUGUUGCCAGAGAUCAUAGUGCUUUGGAUGUGCCUUUUUUACUGCACAAUCGACCUCAUGAGAUACUGUGCCUCUGUGUGUAUAGAAAUAUGUGACUAUCUAAAUAUAUAUUGCUUUGAUAUAACAUCAACCCCCAGUCCCUCAACUCCAAAAAACUCAACUAGAGAUGGACAGCGUACUCAGCGUGUCACAAGAUCUAUGACAAAACAACCAACGACGACAAGAUAACAACAGGGAUUUUAGUCAUCAUAUUUUUAUUGCUUUGUAUUACAAUACAAAGGCUACCUUUAGUAUUGAGACAAUAUUACGUAGGAAAGAAGUAGAAAGCAAUCCAUAGACCAGGUUUGGUGACAGGAAAUAGUUGUAAUCCUCAAUGGUGUUAAUUUUUGCAGAUUAUUUCACUUUCUUAAUUUUUUGGGAUUUAUGGGUACCAUGCUAUGUAGAUCAUUCCCAUAGACUUAGUUAGCAUUUGCUUAACUUAAUUUUGAUACAAAAUGCAAAUAACUGCAAAAAUUGCCAAUUAAACUACCAUAUUUAUUAUUAUGAUAACAAGGGGUUACAGUUAUAUCUGAGAGUCAAAUGGAAAGCUUCUGGUGGUACAGUAAAACCAGUUCAAACAGACAUUGUUACGUUAUAUUGCACAGUAAAUAGAAUUGACUUAUAGUGGCUAUCCGUAUUAAAUAGCUAUGAUUGCAGCGUGCCAUUGA